AUGCUUCUUGUAAAUCUCUCGAGGUCGUCGUCGUCCGGUGCAGCUGCGGUCUUUCGGCUAAGUCAUGCUGGCAAGCGAUUCUACAACUUUGGUACGUCAGCCUACAAGUCAGCUUUCGGGAAUCCACCAGCCUUCGACUCCGCAGGUCUCAGGGAGAGAACAAUAGAUUACAUGAAGAAGUUCGACGAGCACCUGUGGCAUAAGGAUCCAAUCCGAACCAUCGUGAAGGGGAAGGACUUCCUCAACGGAGUCGAGACCGACACGACAAAUGCGAUCGGCAAUGUCAAUGGGAAGCAAAUCCUUGGGGAUGAAGAGGCCUUUGAUGCGAUCCGAGAGCACUUGUCGACGUCAGCUCUGGGGUACGAGGAUGUAUCCAAGUGCAAGGAGCUGAUGGAGGCCGUCAGACAGCUGGAAGCAGACCUGCUGGACCUGGACACGGCAGCCAUUCUUGUUGGGAAUCAAUCGAUCGACUUUGGAAAGCAGGACGGAAUCACUGAGAUCGAGGAAUCGGCGCAGGCCAACAAGGUGGAGAGGCGGCUUGCUGACUUGCUCCUUGAGGACCACUCCAAGGGCAUGAUUUCCGUCCGAAGGGACCCUGUCUUUGUGUCUUGCGUGAGCAACUUCUCCAACUUCCUCGACCUGUUCCGCAAGGUUGUUCGCAACAUUGAGUUCGGGAUCCCCGUGGUCGUCCUGUCGCGCGGUAACACCCAGCAGCAUUCUUUCCGGUGGACUCAGCUGCUCCUGCAACUGAUGCGGAAGCACCGUGUUCCCUUGGAGCUGGUCACCUUUGCUUCUCUGACACUGGCCAAUCAGCAGAAGCUGCUCUCCAUGUUCCCGUCCUCCCCCACCCACUUUACGGGGAGUCGAGAAGUUGCGAGAGAGAUCAAGAAGAUUUCGCCGAAGACGCUUGCCAGCACUGGUGGUCCAAACACCAUGAUUGCGACAAAACUUACAAAUGAGGUCCAGGAAGCGAUAAGGAUGUCUGCAUGCAUCGAGAAUUCUGGACAAUGCACAGCGCUGAGGCACGUGGUUGCUCCCAUAUCCGCUGAUCAUGAGGGCGAGAAGACGGUUUCCAGUAUCUUUUCAAACUCAAAACAUGUGAAUUCCGCUCUUGAAGCGAUCGAAGCGAAAGAGUUCUCUGCUUUCGUCUCGGACCUGAAUGGUGGUUAUAGGAGUCAAGUGUAUUCUCAACUCAAGGGCGUUCCGGUGUCGUUUCGAAUCAAUGAUUCGCUUCCCGAUGACAUUGAAGAGAACUGGCGAGAGGUGUACCUCGACUUCACUUCCUUGACUCCUUCAGAGAUCGCGAGCAAGGAGAAGAUAGAAGAGAUUGCUCAAUGGUUGCGCAAAACUCAACCGAUUUCCCUUUCUGUCAAUGCCGACAUGGCGACAGGGCUUCAACUGUGGGAGAAAUGUGCAAUGGUUGUUUACACGCAAGGCACGCCAGAAAACCCAGCGCUCUCCUGUCAAGCGCGUCCUCAAGAUGGAGAAUGUUUCGGGGAGUUCCCGCCGAGAGCAAUCAUUCACGAUUUUACAAGAUUCCCUAUGGUGAUCCCUUCGCCGACACCUUCGUACAACAGCACAUACGAGAAGGAUUAUCUAAAGAAAGUUGAUUUGAGUAUGGUACCCAAGGACAUGGUUUACUUUGCAGAUGUCAGUGUGCCUUGA